AUGGGUGAGCUUAAGCCUUACAAAGGGGGCUACUAUCUUUGGAAGUAUGUCCCCUCGCUCCCACCAGCAAUCAUCUUCUUGACACUUUUUCUCGCUGCCACAACUUUUCACUUCUGGAAGCUCCACCGAACGAAAGCCUGGUUUUGCCUUCCAUUUUCUAUUGGGGGACUCUUCGAAGUUAUCGGUUACAUCGGUCGAGCCGCUGCGAACAAUAGUACCGAUUCGGUGGUCCUUUUCGCGAUUCAGAAUGUCUUCCUCCUUCUUGGACCUACGCUUUUCGCAGCCUCUGCAUACAUGACCCUUGGACGAAUCAUCCGCAGCGUCCACGCCGAGAAACACUCCCUUAUUCGGAUCAAUUGGCUGACCAAGAUAUUCGUGAUGUGCGAUGUCGUAUCAUUCGUUGUGCAAGGAGGUGCAUCAGGCAUGAUGGCUACGGGGAAUAACGUGAAAACGGCCUCAAACAUUGUGGUCGCUGGUCUUGUCUUCCAGGUCGUUAUGUUUGGUCUGUUCAUUGUCACAUCAAUUGUCUUUGAGGUUCGCAUGCGUCGAUCACCCACGACAGAGACCUUUGGUGAGAGAAUCAACUGGAUGAGCCAAUUGCGCACGCUCCUUGCUGUCAGUGCGCUUAUCCUAAUUCGGAGCAUUUUCCGGGUUGUGGAGUACGCAGCUGGGGAUUAUGGGUACCCACUUACUCAUGAGUGGAUGCUCUAUGUGUUCGACUCUGUGCUCAUGAUAAUCGCUAUGCUCGUCUGGGGUAUUUGGCAUCCAGGGACAGUGCCAAGAAUUACAGUGCCGGACCAGGUGGUAGCCACAGAGUUAAAGGACUGUGGAGGUGUCUAG